GCAGCUGACCAAACGCAGCGGACUCCGGAGGAAGAACAAGGGUUUUUAUGGUUUUUACCGAGUAAGUUGGUUGGUGUUUCCUCCCGGCUAGCUGUUUCUGAUGGGCUCCAUCUCCAUGGCAACGGGCCGGCCGGUGCAGGUGUACCUGGACCUGCUGUCUCAGCCCUGCAGGGCGGUCUACAUCCUGCUCACCUGUACCAAGAUCCCGCACAAAGUCCACGCCGUGGCGCUGAGGAAAGGAGAACAUCGAACUCCAGAAUUUACAAACAUGAACUUGAUGCAGAAGGUCCCAGUUCUGGUGGACAGUGGUUUCAUCCUUACUGAAAGCGAUGCCAUUCUGAAGUACCUGGCAACGCAGUACGAUGUCCCUGAGCACUGGUAUCCACGGCAACCACAGCAGCGGGCCCGUGUGGACGAGUACACGGCCUGGCAUCACACAAACACACGUGCACACGCCGCUAAAGUUUUCAUACUGGAGGUGUUGCUGCCCAGGCACAUGGGCUCAGCGGUGGACAAGGUGGCUUUGAACAAUGCACUUUCAAACCUCAAAAACACGCUGGACAAACUGGAGACCAUGUUCCUUCGCCGGCAGCCAUUCCUCUGUGGCGAUGACAUCACUGUGGCUGAUCUGCUGGCCAUCUGUGAGCUCAUGCAGCCUCUAGGAGCCGGGCGGGACAUCCUGAAGGACCACCCACAGCUGCAGCGCUGGAGGAGCCGCGUCCAAUCAGCUGUUGGCAAGUCAUUUGAUGAAGCACAUGCCGUGCUCUACGCCGUAAGAGACCGCCGCCAAGCCAAAAUGUGAUGUCAGAGGGGGCGGAGCCUCUCAGUCAGAAAGAAAUGAUAGUUAAACAUCAUUCAUCCUCCCACCCUGAAGAAUCAGCUGGGUUCUAAUCCAGUCGGCAAUCUUUAACACCUUUAAUUGCACUUAAUGCACUUUUAAAAGUCGUAACAAAAAUAGAAAUAAAUCUGCAAAUUCUCA